GACUCAUGUAAGUAAUGGUUAAUGCAUAACAGCGAAUAUCGUCAACAUGAUAGUAACGUACUGAUAUUCUUACCAGCGUGGUGCUGAUAUUUCCCAUGUACAUCUGGAUUCGAUUCAGUCCCUCGGUCAAGGACAGUGUAGACGAAGAUGACAUGUUUGUCGAUGAUGCUGAUGAUUACGACGACGACGAGGUGGAGGAUCUUGCGAUGUCGAACAGAAAGAAAUCGCGGAAAAAUAUAGGGUCAAAGCUGCGAGCUGCCCUGAAGAAAGGAAUCCAGAGUGAGACACCGUUCUAUGAGAAGUACUACCUCCUCUGUACCGCCCCCAUCACGAAGUUUUGGACUACUCAGAUAUUCUACUUCAUGUUCUUGGGCUUGUUUUCCCUUGCAACAUUGUGGCCCACUUGCGGGAACAGGCUCCUAGACGGAAUCGUGUGGUUCUGGGUGCUCAUGAUCCACAUCGAGCUCGUAUGGCGAACGUACAGGAAACGACAGAAGUUCAAGACGAUCUCGCUGCUGUGGAGUUACGUGGACAUCGGGUUGAUCACUUUCUUCCUUAUCAUCCUCGGUCUCCGGAUAGUCAGGUUGUACUCGGGCUCGUCAGACUACACCGAGGCAAAGGAAUUCAACUGCUACGCCCUGAUCUACUUCUACUAUCGUCUGCUGGGCGUGUACCUGCCUAUCAGCCCCACCCUCGGGCCCAUGCUUAUCAGAAUACAGAGAAUGAUAACACAAGAUUUCGUGGUGUUUGUGCGGAUGUUCCUGAUCUUUAUGAUCGUGGGCGGGGUUACAAUCCAGGCGAUCAUUUAUCCCCACUGGCCCCUUAACGGGGAGCUGCUCAAGCGAAUCAUCACCCGCCCCAUCUACGCGAUGUGGCUCACACAGGUGUCGGACCUAGACGGAGAUCCACGUUGUUCACCGGACUAUGAAAGAACCCUCAGUUACUGUCAUGUAGGUCAUAACUACAGUACUUCACAAGAAGGAUACAUGGACAUCAAGCGGUUGGAGCAAUGUCCGUACUCAAGCUUUUCUGGAUACAUCGUCACGCUCAAGUACGUCAUGAUCUGCAAGCUGAUCCUCGUCACCCUGCUCUUCGCUAUGUUCUCUCUUACAAACGCACAGGUAAAUACGAUUGCAAGCGACAUCUGGAAGUUCCAAAGGUACGUCCUCAUUGAGGAUUUCGUGGAGCGACUGACACUCCCUCCGCCUCUGACCGUGUUCAACGUUCUCUUCAUUCUUAUGAAAAACAUCGUCCGGAAAUGGACAGCCAGUGUCAAGAAGUGCUGUAAAAAGACGAAGAAUGAACACAGCAGUCCUUGCGCUGCAGAUGGGCCCUGGGACGACGCGGGAUUCUGGCGGAAGGUGGUCCAAGAGUACACUGCGAGAGAAGACGCAAAGGCGGACAAAGACGCCAAGGCCAACAGGCUGGACGACGUACUGACGCUCAUUCAAGAGGACUUGCGACGGCAACAGAAGGACAACAAACGUCUGAACGACCGGAUGUUGGAGAUCGAGCGACUGAUCAAGGCUCAAGCGACUGGUCAAGGCUCCAGCGACUAGUCAAGGCUCGAGAGACUGAUCCAGGCCAACAUGCUAUACCUAGAAAUCAUUGAUUACAACCAUGAUUGGACAUGACCUACUUCAAGAAAAAUAAAUGUUUCAAAGUA